AUGGUGAGGCCGAGAGCAGACAAUUGGCCAAGUCAUCUACUGGAAGCCGAAGAGCAAAAGACCACUCGGCCGCCUACAAGACAAAGAUGGGUAGAUAGGGUCCAUAGAGACUUGGAUAUGCUGGGAAUUUUGAACAGCGAAGAACUAGUCACGGAUAGAGACAGAUGGAGGGAAGUAGUGGAUGCGGCGAAGGACCUGAAGGGUCUAUUUUAAGCAAAAAAAAAAAAAAAUAUAUAUUAAUUUCCUCAAAUUUGUUUAAAUAUUUUUGGUUUUAAAAAAUUAAGAUAAUUUAUCAGUUUUAUUUUAUUAAUCUAAAAAAAAAAAAAUUGGACUUUUUAUAUUUUUGAAUUUUAAAUACUUGUUUUUAGAUAUUUUAGAUCAUUUGAUCAAUAUUACUAAAAAGUGUACGCAAUAAUUUCAUGUUUUGAUGCAAACCUAAACUAGAUUAAAAUUGUCUAAUAAUAGAAUCAAUAUUUAAUCUUUUAAAUUAUAUAGAUAAAGCAUGAAUUCAAACUUAACUUAAACAACUUGAAAAACAAUUAAAAAAUGAAAAAACUUUUGGCGAGCGCAAAAUAAUUGAGACUGAUGACAAUUGUGUAACAUUAUCAGAAUCAUUUUCUCGAUCACAAUAUGUAAGUCAAGGUAAAAUAAAAAUUUUAAUUGAAUUGUUUUUAUUUUAUGGAUAUAAUCUAUAUAAUUUGAUAGUAUAGUUACUAUUUGCAGAUUAUAUAACUAAUUUUAUAUGAUUAUUAUUAUACAAUAUGCAGAAAUAGGUAUAUGCAUAGUUAAUUUUUUUUUUUUCAGAAAAGUUAGAUUCUAUAAUUACCGAGUUUGUAGUCCUGGGUAACCAAACAUUUUCAACUGUUGAAGAAGAAAAAUUUAGAUACUUUACUAGUAAAAGGGUCUAACAAGAAAACCGUUGAUGGCAGGGUUUGGAAUUUUUUUUUUUGUUUUAAACAUGCUUAAAACAAGAAAAAGUUAUUAUAAUUGACUUUGACAGGACAAUGGAAAAUUGCAAAUUGAAAAAAAAUAAGUAUUAGGUUAGGUUAGAAUGGGUUGCGUAAUAUUUUCAUACUUAAUACUCAAGUUAAUAAUGUAUGGUACUGGUUUAACUUAUUGUUAAAAAUUGUAAUAUUGAUUGUUAUUUGUUACUUAUGAACCUAUUUAUAAUCUUGUUAAUACUUUAGGGAAUUAAAGUAAACUGAAAUAACAAAAUUGUAUUAUAAUAUUUCAAAAAUGAAUUAAUCAAUGUUAGUUGAGUUUUUUUUAAAACCAAUUAAACCAAGGUACUGAUAAUACAAAACAGUCGAUAAUGUGAUUAUUAAUUUACUUAAAAAUAUAUCUACAAAAAAAAAUAAAAUAAAAAACAAAUAAUGUCUAAUGAUCUUAAAUAUGAUUGUGCCACUCUUGAUUUUUGGUUUGUCUACAAAAAAUAAGAUUUUAUUUACGUGAUCAAAUAUCAAUUAUAAUUAUUUAUGCUUAGUAAAUGUACAAGCAUAUCUUUUGAAAUGAUUGUUUAUAAAUGCUGACAGUUUUUUUUAUUUUAUUAAGAGGAGUUAUAUUAGUCACAGUUCAUUGAUUUGACUCUGUAUGGUUAGGUUAGGUUAGGUUAACCUCCUAACUCUGACUAAGUAUUGAACGAAAGUUUGCAGCUUUUGCUUAUGAGACUAAUUUUAGAGAUGGGUGUUAGAUAUUUGAAAAAUCUACAAAGAGAUCACUGCAAUACAUUUUAAAUCUGAAGGGUAUUACAUUAUUAAUUUAAAAGCACAAGACAUAAUUAUUGAUAAUCACUACUGCCAUCGUACAAAUUGAUUUCACCCGACACCAUUAUUGUUUUUACUGCAUAUAAUCUCUAUCCAACAUUCUGCGAUACUCAAACUGACACAUGAUCAUUUUCAUGUUCUCUCUUACAGUUUGGGGACACGAGGUACAAUAUUAAAACUGACUGUAUUCUAAAUUACAAUGGCCUAUCUACUUCUUUAUUAUCUAUACAUUUUCCAAAACCAUGAUCGCCAUGACUUACUAUUUAAACGUAUCACGAAGCUCGAUGUACCACUACAGUUAUUAAUUAGUUGAAUUACCUAAGCUAUAUGGUAUUUUUCCGACUCCACCCUUUGGAACAAAAAUUAAUAAAAAAUAAAUUCGAUGUAACGUUGCCUCGUCAUUUCCGAAACAUCAUGAAACAUAAUUAAAGAUUAGAUUUAAAAACUGCACAAAACAAUUUAGAAUGAACGGCAGUGGUUCAAUGGUAUCGCAAUUAGUGCAUGAACCGUUUAAAAUUCACGGUAAUUAAAAGCCUACUUUGGACGUUGAAAAUGAUACCUACAUGGAAAGUAUCGACAAAAAAAUUCAAAAAAUUUAAAAUUUAACCAAACUUAAUAAUAUGGGUUAUUAUCAUCAUAAUAUUUUAAUAUUUAGACAUACUUACAUAAAUUGUGUUUACAUCCAACUUCCAAGACGUAAUUCGCCGCGGUCAUAAAGAAAACGAUGUUAUGGCGGUUUUCCACUAAACGUACAAUUGAGUCUAUGUUGUGUUUGUAUUUCCUGAAAUCUGAUAAACGAUACAGCGAAAAGUAACAGUUUUGUUUUAUUCGACACGAGUUUGUAUUUUGUUUCAGUUUUGUCCGUUUAGUGGAAAACCGCCAUGAAGCAACAGGUCAGAAAGAACCCGGUGACCAAAAAAUGGCUGAAAUGAUGAAUGGCGUCGACGUGGCAUAG